AUGGAGCCUUCGGCAGCAUUGGCGGCCAUGCCGCCAGAGCAACAGAAGUUCAUGGUAGAGGCAGAGAAGCGUAGAAGGGCAAACGGCAUGGCACAGUUUCAAGAAUUGCACUACAGCAAUGAUGACCGCCUUCGACAUCUGGCAGAUGAUCCGUUCGCUGACCAUGCAGAACUUGAUAAGAUGCCGUUACCCAUCGAGUCGGGAGACCGCGUGAAGUUCUUAGUGAUGGGAGCUGGGAUGGGCGGGGUCGUGAAUGCCGUGCGACUAGUUCAGGCCGGUUUCUCGACCGAACAGAUUCGCAUUGUUGAAGUCGCCGGUGGGAUUGGGGGUACCUGGUACUGGAACCGUUACCCUGGGCUACAUUGCGAUAUAGAAUCUUACAUCUACUUGCCACUUCUUGAGGAGAUGGGGUACAUCCCAGCGCAGAAGUAUGCAUCGGGGGCGGCAAUUCGAUCAUAUCUUGUCGACGUGGUGAAGAAGUAUGGCCUGGACAAGACGAUCAUGUAUCGUACUGAGGUAAACGGCCUGCAGUGGAGCGAAGACGUUCACGCUUGGAGGGCAGAUAUGACGGUCAGCCGUGGCGAAAAUGGCCAGAACAAAAGUCACCUUUGGGCCAACGCCGAGUUCGUGCUCCUCACCACAGGCCUGUUUCCUCGACCGCAAGUGCCAAAGUUACCAGGUCUCGCUGGAUUUGAGGGUGCCAUGUUUCAUACAGCCAGGUGGGAUUACAAGGUUACUGGCGGAUCGAGCGAGGACCCCUUUCCAGCCUUGGAUAAGCUUAGGGGGAAAAGAGUUGGUGUUAUUGGCACCGGGGCUACCUCUGUGCAAGUUAUUCCAGAGGUGGCAAAAUAUGCCAGCGAACUAUACGUCUUCCAGCGUACACCCUCACAGGUCAAUGUUCGAGCACAGCGUGACACAGAUCCAACUGAGUGGCGCGAAACAGUUGCUGCCAUGCCAGGCUGGCAAAAACGCCGACAAGAGAACUUCUCCGAACAUGUUGCUAUGGGUGCGCCAGACGAUCAUGAAAACAUGGUCGGCGAUGGGUUUAGCAAAUUGAAGGCUUACUGUGCCAUUAUCGGAAGCGACCAGUUCGGUAUGAUAACUCCAGACAAGAUAUCGGAGCACAUCGGUACCAUGCUAGCGAGGGACGCAGAGCAUAAUGCAAAAGCGCGCGCCAGAGUUGCUGACGUGGUGAAUGACAAAGAUACCGCUGACAAGCUCACGCCGUGGUACCCAACCUGGUGUAAGAGGCCCACAUUCAGCGAUGUCUACUUGCAGACAUUUAACGAGAGCCACGUCCAUCUUGUUGAUACGGAGGGCAAGGGCGUUGAGAGUGCGACUUCUCGGGGUAUUGUAGCAAACGGGAAAGAGUACUCUCUCGAUGUCUUGAUCCUCAGCACUGGCUAUCGCUCGCCCGGGGUGGCGUCUGGCAACCCAGCCGCACGCAUCGGCAUAGAAAUAGUUGGCUACGGAGGUCGCCGUCUUGGAGAGAAGUGGGCUGCUGAGGGUGCGAGCACCCUGCAUGGAUGCGCUACCAACGGGUUCCCGAAUCUCUUCUGGAUGGGACCUUCGCAAAGUGGAGCAGCCCCAAACUACGCACAUGUUAUCGAGGUGCUCAGCAACCACGUUGCCUAUAUCAUCAGCCGUGCCCAUCAAGAAUCCGGCGGGACACACGUGGAUAAGGUGGUGAUCGAGGUAUCGCUUGAGGCAGAACAGGAGUGGGGUAUGAGGAUAGCCCAAGGUGCGGCACUCCUUGCGCCUGUAGCCACCUGCACUCCGGGAUACAUCACCAACGAGGGUGAGGCCAUCAACACGAAGCAGGAUCCGCAGGAGAUGCUCAAGAGCGCUAAAGGUGGCCCUUGGCCUGAAGGAAUGAUGGGGUAUAUCCGUGUACUAGAGGCGUGGCAAAGCGAUGGACAGCUGAAAGGCGUCAAGGUUGACGUGGCACCAAGACCGGGAGGACCAUGA